AUGGAACAACCUAAGUCAACGCAAGGCCAAGAUAAGUUACUUGAUGCAAAUGGUAACGGAAAACAAUUACAUGGGGGAAUUGGAUACAAAAAAUUAAAAGAACAAUUAAAAGAAACGGGAACUGAACUUAAUAAUAUAUCUAUUUCUAAUUUUAUUUUAAAUAGUUGUGAUAUUCAUGACAAUUUUUUUGAUGUAGACAACUUGGGGGGUCUUGAACUCUUUGAAAUAAGCUUCGCUUAUCCUAUCGUAGCUGGUCGGGCCAUAAAUUAG